CACGCGCUCCCCCAAUCCAUUUUUUUUUCCUCGCCCCUUCGUCUUCGUCGUCCCCCUAGGUUCCCCGCUUUCUCCCUUCCCUUGGCCUCUCCCCUAAACCCUAGCACGCUAGCCCCAAAUCCCCGUACUCCGCGCACCGAUCGUCGCCAUCACCCGAUCCCACAUCCGCCCGCCGCCGCCGCCGCCGCCGCCGCUGUACAUGACCAUGGUCACUCCUCUCGCCCCCGAGCAGCCGCCGCCGCAGGACCCGGACGAGGAGAUGCUGGUGCCACAACAGGAGGUCUUCGAGGGGCCGCAGCCCAUGGAGGAAUCCGUGUCAACCGUUGACCAAGAAAACUUGCCUGAUACCUCAACGUCCAGAUUUACAUGGAAGAUUGACAGUAUUUCCAAACACAACGGUGGAAAGCUCCACUCUGAUGUUUUUGUGGUCGGGGGUUACAGCUGGAGAGUGUUGGUUUUCCCUACAGGAAACAAUGUAAAUCAACUUUCGAUGUACCUUGAUGUUGCUGAUGCCAAGUCGCUACCUACUGGUUGGAGUAGGAAUGCCCAAUUUAGCCUUGCUGUGAUCAACCAAUUAGACAGCAAGCACUCAUCGAGAAAAGAAGCAACACAUACUUUUAACUCUCGAGAAAGUGAUUGGGGUUUUACUUCCUUUAUGCCUUUAAUGGAUCUGUAUGAUCCUAGUAAAGGAUAUAUAGUGAAUGAUCAAUGCAUCAUUGAAGCUGAGGUUGCUGUGCGUAGAAUGACGGAUUACUGGAACUAUGACUCCAAAAAAGAGACCGGUUAUGUUGGUCUCAAGAAUCAAGGAGCUACUUGUUACAUGAAUUCGCUGCUCCAGACACUUUAUCAUAUUCACUUCUUUCGGAAGGCUGUAUACCAUAUGCCUACUGCCGAUACACCUCCAGGGAGCAUUCCUUUAGCUCUGCAAAGUCUUUUCUACAAACUUCAGCAUGGCGACAGUAGCAUUUCCACAAAAGAGCUUACCAAAUCUUUUGGAUGGAAUACCUAUGAUUCAUUCAUGCAGCAUGAUGUCCAGGAGUUGAACCGGGUUCUUUGUGAAAAGCUGGAAGAUAAAAUGAAGGGAACUAUUGUGGAUGGAACAAUACAAAAGUUGUUUGAAGGUCACCAUAUGAAUUAUAUUGAGUGCAUUAAUGUUGACUAUAAAUCUACUAGAAAGGAGUCAUUCUAUGAUCUCGCACUUGAUGUGAAGGGCUGCUCGGAUGUUUAUGCAUCUUUUGAUAAAUAUGUAGCUGUAGAGAUGCUGGAAGGUGACAAUAAGUAUCAAUCUGAAAAGCAUGGUCUGCAGGAUGCCAAGAAAGGGAUGCUUUUUACUGAUUUCCCUCCAGUUUUGCAGCUUCAGCUAAAGCGGUUUGAAUAUGAUUUUACGCGGGAUACCAUGGUUAAGAUAAACGACCGUUAUGAGUUCCCACUCCAGUUGGACCUUGAUAGAGAUAACAGGAAAUAUCUCUCCCCGGAAGCUGAUAAGAGUGUGCGCAACCUCUAUACUCUUCACAGUGUACUAGUUCACAGUGGUGGAGUUAAUGGUGGACACUACUACGCCUUUAUUCGCCCAACCCUUUCUAAUCAAUGGUACAAGUUUGACGAUGAACGUGUGACAAAAGAAGACAUGAAUCGGGCGUUAGAGGAGCAGUAUGGUGGUGAGGAAGAGCUCCCCCAUACUAAUCCCGGACUGAAUACAAACCCACUUAGAUUUACCAAGUACUCAAAUGCUUACAUGCUUGUGUACGUACGUGAAAGUGACAAAGAGAAAAUUAUUUGUGAUUUGGAUGAGACAGACAUAUCUGAACACCUUAAGACUAGGCUAAGAAAAGAAAACGAAGAUAAGGAGAACAAGAAAAAGGAGAAAGCUGAGGCUCACAUGUUCACCGCAUUAAAGGUCGCCAGAGAUUUAGAUUUGGCAGAGCAAAUUGGGAGACACGUGAUUUUUGAUCUCGUGGAUUAUGAAAAGAUUCAUAGUUUCCGUGUAUCUAAAGACAUGACAAUUAACCAGGUCAAGGAGGAGUUGUCAAAAGAAUUUCGUAUCCCUGCACACUCCCAGAGAUUUUGGUUGUGGGCUAAGCGGCAGAAUCAUACCUUCAGGCCCAGUAGGCCAUUGAAUCAACAUGAGGAAGCAAAUACUGUUGGACAUCUUAAAGAUACAACUACUCGAUUGCAAGAUUCUGAACUAAGGUUGUACUUGGAAAUAGUACAGGAAAAUCAUUUGACUCUUCCAUUGAAGACAAAGGAUGAUAUUUUACUUUUCUUCAAGCUCUAUGAUCCUGACAAAGAAGAACUAAGAUAUGUUGGAAGUCUUUUCCUGAAAGCAUCAAGUAAGCCAUCUGAUAUAGUGCAAAAGUUGAAUGAGAUAGCUGGAUUUCAGCCUGAUGAAGAUAUUGAGCUGUAUGAGGAAAUAAAAUUUGAGCCAACUGUGAUGUGCGAACCAGUUGACGUUGAUGUUUCCUUCAAGUUGAGCCAGAUUUCAGAUGGUGACAUAAUAUGCUACCAAAAACGUUGCUCUCCAGAUAGUAUGGACCAACAUCGGCAUCCCAAUGUGCCAUCUUUCUUUGAAUAUAUCCAAAAUAGACAGGUUGUGCAUUUCAGAUUGCUUGAUAAGCCAAAAGAAGACGACUUCUCUCUGGAGCUGUCAAAACGUUCCACAUAUGAUGAUGUUGUUGAGAAAGUUGCUCAUCAUCUUGGUCUGGACGAUCCUUCAAAACUCCGCCUUACACAGCACAACCCCUAUUCACAGCAACCGAAACCUCAGUACAUCAAGUACAGAGGUCUUGAUCAUCUUUCGGACAUGUUACAUCACAUGAAUCAGAUGUCUGACAUAUUAUAUUAUGAGAUACUGGACAUUCCUUUACCAGAGCUGCAAGGCCUGAAAAUAUUGAGAGUUGCUUUUCACCAUGCUACAAGCAGCGAGGUGCAGUUUCACGUUGCACGGUUGCCUAAAGGCAACACUUUUUCAGAUCUGUCUGAAGAUUUAAAAUCGAAGGUUGAGCUGUCUAGAAGUGAUGCCGAACUCCGGUUAUUUCAGGUCUUCAAUAACAAGAUAAUGAAGGUAUACCAGCCUGCUGAGAAAAUAGAUUCAAUUAAUGAUUUAAACGGACCUCUUCAUGUUGAGGAGAUUCCUGAAGAAGAGAAAAAUGCUGGUCCACGCGACCGUUUGGUUCAUGUUAUUCACUUCUUCAAAGAUAAUCAGUUAUUGCCAUCUUUGCAGCACAUGCAAUACUAUGGAGAUCCCUUUUUCUUCCUUAUUCAUGAUGGCGAGGCUUUGUCUGACAUCAAAGUGCGCAUUCAGAAGAAAUUUCAGGUCCCUGACGAGCAGUUCCUCAAGUGGAAAUUUGCUUAUAUUGGCUACAAUCGCCAGGAAUACCUCGAGGACACGGACAUUGUAUUGAGCCGAUUCCAGAAAAAUAUUUAUGGAGCAUGGGAGCAUUCCCUAGGACUGGAGCACUCAGACAUGUCCACAAAAAGAGCAUACCUGGCCAGUCAGAACCGUCAUUCUUUUGAAAAGCCGGUGAAGAUCUACAACUAAAGAUGGUGAUAUAUUCACUACUUCAACGUGAUGUAUCCUCAGCUCUGAUUGAUCUGACAGUUCCUUGAAAUGGAUGGCCAACGACACCGUCUUAAUCUAUCCACACCCAGCCGAUGAAUUGGCGGUUCAGUCCAUGAUCAUGGUGUGCUUUUGACCUGUAGUGAACUAGUGAUACAGAUGUAGAACCGGCUAUGAGGGGGUGCUGUGCUGAGUAAUUGUUAUUUUGACAUGUACGUGGAGGGGUGUGUUGUGGCCUGUCGAAAGAAAAUUUCCAUUUGGUUGGCUGUACAGGGUUUUAUAUUAGCACAAAAUUUCCUAGUUCAGUUACUAGUUACAUUUUGUUACCUGUAUAUUUUGCUAAGUUUUUUUUUUUUU